GCUCCCAUGGUGCGGGAAGGCGGCAUGGCCCGGACCCCUUACAGCUCCACGCAGGACAUCCAGAUGGACGUCUUGGACAACGCCGCCCUCCAGGGCAAGUACAGCAGGCGCAAGAGCCGCUUCAAGCGCUCGGACGGCAGCACCUCCUCGGACACCACCUCCAACAGCUUCGUGCGGCAGGGCUCGGCUGAGUCCUACACCAGCCGCCCCUCGGACUCGGAUGUGUCGCUGGAGGAGGACAGGGAGGCGCUGCGCAGGGAGGCCGAGCGCCAGGCCAUGGCCCAGCUGGAGAAAGCCAAGACCAAGCCGGUGGCGUUCGCCGUGCGCACCAACGUGGGCUACAACCCCUCGGCCGGGGACGACGUGCCCGUGCAGGGCAUGGCCAUCUGCUUCGAGCCCAAGGACUUCCUGCACAUCAAGGAGAAAUACAACAAUGACUGGUGGAUCGGGCGGCUGGUGAAGGAGGGCUGCGAGGUCGGCUUCAUCCCCAGCCCCGUCAAGCUGGAGAACAUGAGGCUGCUGCAGGAGCAGAAGAUGAGGCAGAGCCGCCUGAGCUCCAGCAAAUCGGGUGACAACUCCAGCUCCAGCCUGGGCGAUGUGGUGACAGGGACACGCCGCCCCACGCCCCCCGCCAGCGCCAAGCAGAAGCAGAAGUCGACCGAGCACGUGCCCCCGUACGACGUGGUGCCCUCCAUGCGCCCCAUCAUCCUCGUGGGGCCCUCCCUGAAGGGCUACGAGGUGACGGACAUGAUGCAGAAGGCGCUGUUCGACUUCCUGAAGCAUCGCUUCGACGGACGGAUCUCCAUCACGCGGGUCACAGCCGACAUCUCCCUGGCCAAGCGCUCCGUGCUCAACAACCCCAGCAAGCACACCAUCAUCGAGCGCUCCAGCACCCGCUCCAGCCUGGCCGAGGUGCAGAGUGAGACCGAGCGCAUUUUCGAGCUGGCGCGGACGCUGCAGUUGGUGGCCCUGGACGCCGACACCAUCAACCACCCGGCGCAGCUGGCCAAGACCUCGCUGGCCCCCAUCAUCGUCUACAUCAAAAUCACCUCCCCCAAGGUGCUGCAGAGGCUGGUCAAGUCCAGGGGGAAGUCCCAGGCCAAGCACCUCAACGUGCAGAUGGUGGCCUCGGACAAGCUGGCACAGUGCCCGCCUGAGAUGUUCGACAUCGUUCUGGACGAGAACCAGCUGGAGGAGGCGUGCGAGCACCUGGCCGAGUACCUGGAGGCCUACUGGAAGGCCACGCACCCGCCCAGCAGCAACCCCCCGAACCCGCUGCUGAGCCGCACCAUGGCCACGGCCGCGCUGGCCGCCAGCCCCGCGCCCGUCUCCAACCUCCAGGCUCCGCACCCGGAGGGGGAGCACGGCCGCCCCCGGCAGGAGUCGGGGGGCCGCGGGCAGGGCAGGGUCCCCCCGCCGCCCUCCCGGCCGGGCCCCCGCAGCCUGGCCCGCCAGGACACCUUCGACACGGAGGCUCCGGGCAGCCGGGACUCGGAGCCCGGCGAUUCGUGCUGCAUGGACAUCGAGAUGGAUCCCGUGGAGGAGGAGCCGCCGGGCACCCCCGGGGCCGGCCCGCAGCCCCCGCCCGGCUCCUGGGACCGAGCCAAGGGCCAGGAGCCGCUGGGCCAGAGCGACGGAGAGGGCUGGGGCCGGGACGUUUACACGCGUUAGGAUGAGGGGGUGCGGGCAGCGCUGGUUUUGGGGUGCGGGCCCUUUGUGCCCCCCCUUCGUGCCCGGCCAGCCGUGCCCUGGGGGUCUCCCCCUGCCGCAGCCCCCCAGCAUCUCCAGCAGGGACAGCAAGUGACCAAAGGGGACCCGGCGUGUCCCCGUGCCCCCGGCGCGGGGUGGGGGCCGUGCCCCCCUCCCCAGCCCUGCCCCCCGCUUCUCCAUGGUGCUCUCGGCUGCGGGGUGCCCGGAGCUGGCCGUGCCCCUGGGGGGGUCCCCGCCAGCUGCCCCCCAGCCUGGCGGUGCCUGGCACUGCCCCCCAGCCCCCUGCCCUGCCAAGGGGUGCAUGCGUGUGCGUGCAGGGUUCUGGGGGGUCCCCGCUGCGCCCCCCGAGGUGUGGGGAUAGGGGGGGUCUGCAUGUGUUUGCCUUGAAGG